UUCUGUAACAUAUAGAACACACCUCUCAUAUUAGUGGUAAUACCACUGAAACAUGACUGCAAAAUCAACAACAAGCAUACAUCGGAAAAAGAAACAUCUAAGCAACAAUCAGUAUGUUAUUCAAUGCAUGAACUGGUUUAAAACGGCUUUAGAAGAGAAUGCUGCUCAACUUCCCAAGAUAUUUAUUGAUGGUGAACGUUAUCAACCAGAUUUUCCAGUCGCACCAAAUCAAACUCAAGUCCAUUUUACCUUUACAAAUGAAGGUAGUCCUCGAGCAAUAAAAUACAAAUUAAAUUCGUUAGAAGAUGAAGGACUUCUCACUCUUCAACAGCUCCUACCAACUUUUCCUUAUCUCACUGAACUGCGUUUUGAAUUCUGUGAUCUCAGCUACGAUCAAGUGGUUUUCAUUCAUAUGAUUCUUCAAGAAAACCAUCAAAUUGUUCGUUUAUCUUUGAACGGGAAUCCAAAUAGAAAUGAAUUCGGUAAAAAAUCUCACCACUUACUUCAUCGCAGCACGAAUUUGAAAGUGUACAGCGUACAAUUAUGUAAGUUGGGACCAUCUGUCUGCCAACUGUUCUAUAACGAGUUGCACAUUCCUGAUAAAUACACACGAAAUUUGGUGAGUCUUAAUCUGGGGUGCAAUCAUUUGGGCGACGUUGGAUGCGCCUGGAUAGCACAAAUUUUGCGUACGAAUCGAGCCCUACAGGCGUUAAAUAUUUCCGAAAAUGGUAUUUCAGAAACAGGACUACUUGGUUUACUGGAAGUAUUCUCUUGUUUCAAACUGCAUCUUCAUGAAACAUUUCAAAAGAGAAAAUUGCGUUUCAAACAAUUAAUGCAGACACAUUUUCCUUCGUCUAAAACUGAAGCAUUUAAGUCGUCAUCAGUAUCACCGGAUAAAUUCGGAUUUAUUUCGCAUGAUCCUGUAAAUGCUGCGAAUCAAUUCAAUCAUCCAUUUAUUACUGAUUCACUCGUGAAGGAUGGCCAAUUAUUUUGUAGCGGAAAUAAUUCUCUGACGUAUCUUAACAUUGCAUAUAAUGGCAUUACAAGAAAUGUUUUGGAGGAUCUUAUUGAGAAGAUCAAUUAUCAAAAGACACAUUUGAAAUUUGGCGGUUUACAACGAGUUGUAUUUGAAAGUCAGCAGACGUUUCCUGAUUUAGAAGAAGAGAUUAUUAAGCGUUUAAGUAGUCCGAAUCAACGGACUACAGCUAGAAUUUCAAGAGCCAAAUCUUCGUUACUUUAAAAUUGUGAAAUCAAAACCAAAACCUAAAAGAUUCAAUGUUUAACGUGGGCAACACAAAUUACACAUUAGUAAUUAUAUUAUUAUUGUUAUA